AUGAGCGUGCGUCAGCUCAAAGAGCAGGUCUUGUCGGUAUUACGCACAUCGAAGCAGCCUACCGAUGAUGUGCUCGGCAAGCCCUUCAGCGACGCGACACCUGAUGACUUGGAAUUGUACGUGGCCCGUGAGGAUGCGUACGUACCCUUGGCGGCACAAGCUGAAUCGUCGCAGCGAGCCGACGAUGGGACGCCUCUGUGUAUGCACUGCCAUCUCGAGGAAGGUAUGGCGGUCUAUGUGGGAUUCCGCGCGCCAGAGCAAGAUGCACCGGGCGAUCCGAUGGUACAAGAGCCGUCGUUGGACGACGAUGUCGAGGACAUGGAUGCUAUGCCGCCGUCGUCGCCGCCCUAG